AUAUCCAAUAUGUGGUCUCCCAAGGUCGCCGCCGCUAUCCUCGCCUUUGUUGGCCUUUCCAACGCCUGGGCGCCUCCCGCCUACGGCGGCUACAACCUGGUCUGGAACGAUGCCUUCAGCGGCAACGGCGGCACCUCUCCCAACACGGGCAACUGGAACAUCAUCGUCGGCAACCUGAACGUCAACAACGAGCUCGAGACGUACUCGUCCAGCACCCAGAACGUCCAGCUGAGCGGCGGCAACACCCUGCAGCUGGUCCCCUGGAAGGACAGCAGCACCUUUGGCGGCUGGACCUCUGGCCGUAUCGAGUCUACCUACACCUUCACGCCCCAGCCCGGCAAGAUUACCCGCCUCGAGGCCGCGAUCCGCAUGGGCAGCAACGCCCAGGCCAACAAGCAGGGCAUCUGGCCGGCCUUUUGGAUGCUGGGUGACGUGCUGCGCCACGGCGGCAGCUGGCCCUCUUGCGGCGAGAUCGACAUCCUCGAGCAGGUCGACGGCCAGCCGACGGGCCACGGUACCCUCCACUGCGACGUCUACCCCGGCGGCAUCUGCAACGAGGGCAACGGCAUCGGCGGCCCCGUCAACUUCAACAACCCCAACGACUUCCACACCUGGCGCGUGGAGAUUGACCGCACGUCCAACAACUGGCAGGCCGAGACGCUGACCUGGUCCCUUGACGGAACCAACUUCUUCCAGAUCACUGGUUCUCGCAUUGGCGACCAGAAUGUCUGGAAUAACGUUGCCCACAGCCCCCUGUACUUCAUCCUCAACGUUGCUGUCGGCGGCAGCUGGCCCGGCAACCCCAACGCCUCUACCCUCGAUGGCUAUGGCGCGAUGAUGGAGGUUGGCUACGUUGCCCACUACUCUACCUAAGAGGCUUCUCAUCAGGCAGGUAGCCGGUGGUGAUGUGCGAGGACAACGCAGUACAUAUGCCCCCUGCUCGCCACUAUGCACAUAUAUGCCCUU